GCAGCUCGAAGUCAAGAUGGCGGACUAAGCGGCGGUGCUUUUCCGGAGAACUUUGAUAUUGACCUUCUAACAGCAAACACACCAACACAUACAUCAUACAUUCCUCUUUUCUCUAGACCACCAAACACAAGUUGAGUUCGGAGCGACGGAGAGUUUUCUGCAGUGAAGACGUGAGAGCACAUGGACGACUACUGCUAUGCUAAGAUGGCGACGUCAUGGAAAAGAGAAAGAGAACAUUCCAGCAAAUCACCAACGGAGACAAAGACGAAAGAUGAAGACGCCCUGCAGCUGAUUGGUCUUCCAGAAGAUGUUCCCGUUCAGCUGCAAGUGGGGAGCUCCACUUUGAAGCAGGAGGAUCCGCAGCCCCCUCACAUUAAAGAGGAAGAGGAGGAACUCUGCAUCACUCAGGAGGGAGAGUGUCUUCUAGGACGAGAGGAAGCUGAUUACACCAAGUUGCCACUGACUGUUGUCUCUGUGAAGACUGAAGAUGAUGAAGAGAAACCACAACCAGACAACAUUUUAUCUCCACCAUCAGAUAGUGAGUCUGAAGACGGGGUUGAAGUAACUUUGAGCAGCGAUACAGACUGUGAAGGUGAUAUGAGGACUCACACUGACAACAAAUACUCUAAAAAGACUAAACGUACAAAACGUUUUCUCUGCUCAGUUUGCGCUAAAAGCUUUUCUAAAAACAGCAAUUUCUCCGUACACAUGAGAACGCACACUGGGGAAAAAACAUUUAAUUGCACAGUUUGUGCUAAAAGCUUUUCUCAAAAGAGCCAUUUAUCUGAACACAUGACAACACACACGGGAGAGAAAAAAUUUCAUUGCUCACUUUGUGGUAAAAACUUUUCCUACAAGAGAGUUUUGACAGACCACAUAAGGACUCACACUGGAGAAAAACCCUUUAGAUGUCCAUUUUGUGACAAAAGUUUUUCUCAAAAGAGCAAUUUGACCCAACAUAUCAGAAUACACACGGGAGAAAACACAUUCAAUUGUCCCGAAUGUGCCAAAAGCUUCUCGCAAAAGGGCAAUUUGACCGAACACAUGAAAAUACACAGCGGAGAAAAAACCUACAAUUGUUCGGUUUGUGAUAAAAACUUUUCUCAAAAGAGAGUUAUGAUCCAACACAUGAGAACGCACACGGGAGAGAAACCAUUUAAUUGUUUGGUUUGCAAUAAAAGCUUUUCUCAAAAAAGCACUUUGACCAAACACACCAGAACACACACAGGAUAAAAAAAACAAAAACAUGAAAUGUGUCUGCAGAGUUCGAACCAGACCGGGUUAGAACAAGUGAUUGAGGAAGGCUUGGAGUACCGUAUUUUCUGGACCAUAGGGCGCACUGGGAUGAGCGGGUCUAGUCAGGUCUAUUUCCAUACAAAAGGCGCACCGGAUUAUAAGGCGCAUUAAAGGAGUCAUAUUAUUAUUUGUUUCUAAAUGUAAAAGACUUCCUUGUGGUCUACAUAACAUGUGAUGGUGGUUCUUUGCUCAAAAUGUUGCAUAGAUGAUGUUUUACUCAUCAUCUUCAAGUCGCUUUCUGACAGUCUCCUCAGGAUGCGCCGUUUUGUGGGCGGUCUUAUUUACGUGCCUCCACUUGGACAGCCUCUUCUCCCCGUCAUCUUUGUUGUAGCGGUGUAGCGUGCAAGGACAAGAGUAGAAGAAGUGUCAAAAUGGAAUAGAAUAGAAAGUACUUUAUUGAUCCCUGGGGGAAAUUCAGCACCACAGUUCGCUCACAAUAGACAAUAAACACUUAGGUAUUUUUUUACAUGUGAAUAAUAUAAAUACAGUCUAUUAUACGGCAUUAUUCACAGGUGAAUAAUAUAAAUACAGUCUAUUAUACAGCAUUAUUCACAUGUGAAUAACAUAAAUACA